ACAACAUAUUUUUAUUAAAGAUAGAUAAUUGCAUUGAAGGUUAUUGAUAACAGUAAAUACAUUGAUGUUACUUUACACAGUUUGACAUACGUAACUUCAAUGUAAAUAUUUUUACUGCUUUGUCAAUUAAAAUGUCUUCACGUAAAAGAGUAUUUGAUUUACUGAGAACAAUAAAUAUUGCAUCUUGCCAAUGUCCGGCGCAUGGCUACCGAGGGAAUGUUCAAGUUUCAAACAUAACUCCUAGUAAGGAUUAUGCUUUCGAGAUAAAAUGUUCGACUGUACGCUAUGGAUUAGGUGUGACCCAGGAAGUUGGGAUGGACUUGGUUAAUUUGGGCGCUAAAAAUGUUUGUGUUAUGACGGACCCUAAUGUAGUAUCUUUGAGUCCUAUGAAAGCAGUUCUGGAUUCUCUUGUCAGGAAUGGGAUAAGCUACAGUGUUUAUGACAAAGUUCGUGUGGAGCCUACAGACACAAGUUUAAAACAUGCAAUAGAUUUCGCGAAGCGCGGCGGCUUCGACAGCUACGUGGCUGUGGGGGGCGGUUCGGUGAUGGACACGUGCAAGGCUGCCAACCUUUACGCCUGCAACCCGGACGCCGACUUCCUGGACUACGUCAACCAGCCGGUAGGCAAAGGCAAAACCACCAUGGAACCACUCAAGCCUGUCAUUGCAAUACCAACUACCAGUGGGACGGGUAGUGAGACGACGGGAAUGAGUAUAUUCGAUUACGAAGAGAUAAAGGCAAAGACAGGUAUCGCACACAGCGCCUUACGUCCUCUACUGGCUCUGAUAGACCCUCUGAACACACUAAGUGUACCACAAACAGUGGCAAACUUCGCGGGUUUUGACAUCUUCUGUCAUGCUCUGGAGAGUUUUACAGCUAUACCAUACACUGAACGAGGUCCUGCUCCGUCUAAUCCCGCUCUGCGACCUGUCUAUCAAGGCAGUAACCCUAUAUCGGAUGUGUGGGCUAGAUUCUGCCUUCAGUGCCUUAACAAAUACUUCGAGCGGUCAGUAUACAACGCGGAGGAUAUAGAAGCACGUUCAAGCAUGCACUUAGCCGCCACCAUGGCCGGAGUAGGCAUCGGCAACGCUGGCGUGCAUCUCUGUCAUGGACUUGCCUAUCCCAUCGCGGGGAAUGUCAAAGAUUACGUCCCGAAGGACUACGGUACAGAGCCAAUGAUACCACACGGUUUAGCGGUGGUAUUAACUGCGCCAUCGGUCUUCCGCUUCACCGCGCCGAGUGAUCCCGACAAGCAUCUAGAGGCGGCGGCCAUAUUGGGCGCUGACGUCACAGGCAAGAAACAAGCCGACGCUGGCCGAGUCCUCUCCGACACUAUACUGAAGUAUAUGGAUGUAAUGAAAGUGGAGAAUGGCUUGAACGCUAUUGGGUAUUCUGCACAAGAUAUACCACAGCUAGUGAAGGGAGCUUUACCGCAGCAUCGUUUGUUAAAGAUCGCUCCGAUCCCGCAAUCUGAAGAAGAUUUAUCGAAAAUUCUCGAAGACUCUCUGACGCUCUACUAAUUUUUUACACAAUUGGACACACGGUAUAUUUUUGAAAAUGUUUAUCCUAUAUGCUAAAACUUUA